CACAGAGGAGGUUUUUAAAAGGAUAUUUGAAAUCAAACAGCUAGAAAAAUUUGCCAGGCUGUAUUCACGUCAGCAUAGUGAAGUGCGAACCAACGAACUAGUGGUAAAGUGGAAGAAUUCGUUCUAAUCAAUAGCUAUCUAGUGUGUUUCUGUAUGCUUUUGAAACCUUGCUAGCCCUACUGGUAGCUAACAAUAUCCCAGAAGAUUAGAAAUCGCAAUUUAACUGUUUAUUGGAACUGGUCCUCAAGCCAAAUACAGGACGAAAGUCGCCCUUCCCAGCUUGUUAGCUAGUUAAUGUUAACUUGCUGUCUUUUCUAUGUAGCAUUAGUUAGCUAGCUAGCUACUAGCUGGAUUCUUAUUGGAUCGUUUUUUUUCUUCGCGGUGCGUGGAUUCAAGUUUUUAUUUCAGCCUCCACACAUUAUUGAUUAUGGAUGCUGCUGAAAUUAAAGCCAAGAUGUCAAAUGAUAUUAAGCCUCAACGGCCUGAACAGAAGCCGAGCAUCGAAGGUCCAAAACGAGUUCCGGUGUCCCAGACGAGCUGCAAGCCAGUGUGGACUCCAAAGCCAACCCAACGCGUGCUGGGGGUGUCGAACGGGCCCCAGCGCAUCCCGAAGCCCCCAGGCCAACAACAGAAGCCUGCAACGCAAGGCCAGACGCCCAAAACCAUGAACCAGCCCAAAACUGUGAACCAUGGCAACCAGAACGUCAACCCUGUCCACCAGGCCCAACCCAAGCCCUGUAGCUACCCCAAGAACAACCAUGCACCUCAAAACAUUCCCACUCUGCCCCAGAGCCAACCCAAGGUGCACCCUGCCCCCCAGCACACACCAGCACAGGGCCAGCCCAAGUUAAACCCUGCUCCACAACAAAAGCAGCUCCAGGGUCAGGCUAAGACCAGCCAGGCCCCUCAUCCAACACCCACACAGGGCCAGCCCAAGACGGAUUUAGAGGGUCCCAAAUCGACGGGUCCAUCUAAACCUGGAAAGAAGCGCUGGAGCCUGGAGAACUUUGACAUCGGCCGUCCGCUGGGGAAGGGCAAGUUUGGUAACGUGUACCUGGCCAGGGAGCGGCAGUCUAUGUUCAUCCUGGCCCUGAAGGUGCUGUUCAAGAAGCAGCUGGAGAAGGCAGGGGUGGAGCACCAGCUGCGGAGGGAGGUGGAGAUCCAGUCUCACCUCAGACACCCCAACAUCCUGCGUCUGUACGGAUACUUCCACGACGCGGCGCGCGUCUACCUCAUCCUGGAGUUCGCCCCCAAGGGGGAGCUGUACGGCGAGCUGCAGCGAUGCGGCCGCUUCGACGAGGCCCGCAGCGCCACGUACAUCAUGGAGCUUACAGAUGCUCUGAACUACUGCCACUCUAAGAAGGUGAUCCACCGGGACAUCAAGCCAGAGAACCUGCUGCUGGGUUCCAACGGGGAGCUGAAGAUCGCAGACUUCGGCUGGUCUGUCCACACACCCUCCUCCAGGAGGUCGACCCUUUGCGGCACGCUGGACUACCUCCCUCCAGAGAUGAUCGAGGGCCGCACCCACGACGAGAAGGUGGACCUGUGGAGUCUGGGCGUGCUCUGCUACGAGUUCCUAGUGGGACGGCCCCCCUUCGAAACCAAGAGUCACGAGGAGACCUACCGCAAGAUCUCCAGGGUGGAGUUCACGUUCCCUGAUCAUGUGACCGCUGGAGGCCGCGACCUGAUUGGCAGGCUGCUGAAACACAACCCCCUCCAUCGCCUCCCCAUCCAGGAAGUCCUCACUCACCCCUGGGUGGUGCAGAACUCCACCAAGACCCCCACCAACUCAUGACCUGAACACAAACGCACACCCUGGUCCCCAGCCCGGGCCCCCGCACAUGAGCACACACACCCUCGCUGGGCUCACGGGAACACACACACUUGCCCAGACACAUGCAUACACAACCUUGCUGGGAUGCACACACACACAGGUGCCAUGCUUUAACAGAUGCCUGGCUGAACCACUGCUCUCUGAGGAGGAUGGAUGACUGAUGUGGAUGUUUGUCAGUUGGGAUGUUGUGCCCUCUGUGUGGUUGUUUUGAAAUGACUUUUACAUGUUUCCUGUCAUUCUACUUUCAUGUAAGAAAUAUACUUGUUUUUUUGUUUUUUUUACCGAUUAUGAAAGUUUUAUGAAAACGCCUAUUACUUGAAGCUAAUAAAUGUGAUUUAAUUGA